GCUUUAGCCAAUAACAUCUCUUCCGUCGAGGCGGUGCGCUAAUCGCAGGCUUUGUUUUGGCUCAAUGCAACUUCCUUCCAGUUAGGUUGACAAUACGUGUCAGGCACAGGCCACUUACUUACAAACACAGAUAGCAUAAACUCAGCAAAAAGUGCGACAGACGACCCUGUGGAAAUGCCUCUAAGCAUGAAGUGUGUGAGUGGCGGGUGCGGGCCGGGACAGGUGCCUUUAUCUGAGCAAGGUGAGCCUCCUCCGGUAGCAGAGGAAAUGGAUCCGCUCGGGGCUGGUGCUGGAGCAGCAAGAGUUGUGCAUUCUGACAUGGGAGACCCCGGUAUCGUCAAAUCUCCCAGUGACCCCAAGAAGUACAGGUACAUCCAGCUGGCCAAUGGCCUGCGGGCGCUGCUCAUCUCAGAGCUGAAGGACGGGGAGUGGGGGGGCACGGCAGUGGAGGCUGAUCAAGAUUAUAAGGAGGAGGAGGAGGCGACGGCGGAGCCGCGGCAGGAGGACGACGAGGGUGACUCGGGAGAGGGGACGGAGGAAGAAGAGGAAAAGGAAGAGGAGGAGGUGGACAGCGACUUUGAGGAGCUGAACGAGGAGAAGGAAGCAGGGAAGAGGGCGAGCAGUGAGAAGCAGUCAGCAGCUGCUCUAUGUAUUGCCGUCGGAAGUUUCAGCGAUCCGGAAGACCUAGCAGGCCUGGCCCACUUCCUAGAGCACAUGGUGUUCAUGGGCAGUGAGAAGUACCCCGCUGAGAACGGCUUUGAUGCAUUCCUCAAGAAGCACGGGGGCAGCGAUAACGCCUCCACCGACUGUGAGAGGACCAUUUUCCAGUUUGAUGUCCAGAGGAAGUACUUCAGACAAGCGCUGGACAGGUGGGCUCAGUUCUUCAUCUGCCCUCUGAUGAUUGAGGAAGCCAUCGAGAGAGAGGUGGAGGCAGUGGACAGUGAGUACCAGUUGGCUCGUCCGUCAGAUUCUCACCGAAAGGAGAUGCUGUUCGGCAGCCUGGCCAGGCCGGGUCACCCCAUGGCCAAGUUCGGCUGGGGCAACGCCCAGACUUUAAAACAAGAGCCCAAAGAGAAACAGAUCAACACCUAUCAGCGGCUCAGAGAUUUCUGGAAACGCUUCUAUUCCGCCCACUACAUGACCCUCACCGUCCAAUCAAAAGAGACCCUGGACACGCUGGAGGAGUGGGUGAGGGAGAUCUUUGACAAGGUGCCCAACAACGGUAAACCCAAGCCAGACUUCUCUCAUCUCCAGGAGCCCUUCGAGACCCCAGCGUUUAACAAGAUGUACAGGGUGGUCCCGGUGAGGAAGGUGCAUGGGCUCACCCUCAGCUGGGCCGUGCCCCCCCAGGCCCGUCACUACAGAGUGAAACCCCUUCACUACAUCUCAUGGCUGAUUGGCCACGAGGGGAAGGGCAGCAUCCUGUCAGUGCUCAGGAAGAAGUGCUGGGCCCUGGCUCUGUUCGGAGGUAACAAUGAAACAGGUUUUGACCAGAACUCCACCUACUCCAUCUUCUCCAUCUCCAUCACCCUGACAGACCAGGGCUUCCAAAAUGUCUAUGAGGUGGUUCACUUAGUGUUUCAAUACAUGAAGAUGCUGCAGACCCUCGGACCACAGCAGAGGAUCUAUGAGGAAAUCCAGAAGAUUGAAGCAAAUGAGUUCCACUAUCAGGAACAGACGGAUCCCAUCAUGUAUGUGGAGAACAUCUGUGAGAACAUGCAGCUGUUUCCCAAGGAGGACUUCUUGACUGGAGACCAGCUUAUGUUUGAGUACAACCCCCAGGUGAUUAGUGAGGCCCUCAGAUGGUUGACUCCAGAAAGGGCUAACCUGCUGCUGCUGUCCCCGGAACACGAGGGCAACUGUCCCCUCAGGGAGCGCUGGUUCACCACCAGCUACAGCAUAGAGGACAUCCCAGAGGAGUGGGCAGGGCGCUGGAAAGAAGAACUUGCAUUGAACUCAGACCUCCACCUACCAGAAGAAAACAAGUUCAUUGCAACAGACUUUGAGCUGAGAUCGCUGGACUGUCCCGACAGCGAGUUUCCCGUCAAAAUCUCCAGCAGCGACAGAGGUUGUCUCUGGUACAAAAAGGACAACAAGUUCAAGAUCCCUAAAGCAUAUGUCCGUUUCCACCUGGUGUCCCCGGUCAUUCAGAAGAGCCCCAAGAGCCUGGUCCUGUUCGACCUGUUUGUCAACAUCCUCGCCCACAACUUGGCCGAGCCCGCCUACCAGGCCCAGGUGGCCCAGCUGGAAUACAAGCUUGUGGCUGCAGAGCACGGCCUGCUGCUCAGGCUCAAGGGCUUCAACCACAAGCUGCCGCUGCUGUUGGAGCUCCUCGUGGACCACCUGGCGGACUUCAUCGUAGAAGAAGAGGUCUUCUCUAUGUUCUUCCAGCAGAUGAAGAAGACCUACUUCAACAUCCUCAUCAACCCAGAGCGCCUGGCCAGAGACGUGCGUCUGCUGGUUCUGGAGCCCAGCCGCUGGUCCCUUGUACAGAAGUACCAGGCCCUGGUGGAGGGGGUGAGCGUGGAGGACCUGCUGGCCUUCAGCAGAGAGCUGAAGGAGCAGCUGUACGCUGAGGGUCUGGUGCAGGGAAACCUCACCAGCACGGAGUCCAAACAGAUCCUGCAGUACUUAACAAACAAGCUGCAGUUCCACCCGCUGGCAAUAGAGGUCCCUGUGCUGUUCCGCGUGCUGGAGAUCCCCGAGAAACAUCACCUGUGUAAGAUAAAGUCCUUCAACAUGGGAGAUGCCAACUCUGAGGUCACCGUAUACUACCAGUCUGGAUUGAAGAACCUACGUGAACAUACUCUGAUGGAGCUGCUGGUGAUGCACAUGGAGGAGCCUUGCUUUGACUUCCUGAGGACUAAAGAGACGCUAGGGUAUCAGGUGUACCCCAGCUGCAGGAACACCUCUGGAGUACUUGGCUACUCGGUCACUGUUGAAACGCAGGCCACAAAGUACAGCACUGACUUCGUGGAGGGUAAGAUUGAGGAGUUCCUGGCGGGUUUUGGUGAAAAAAUGGCGUCGCUGAGCGAGGAGGCCUUUAAGACCCAGGUGACGGCGCUGGUGAAGCUGAAGGAGUGCGAGGACUCUCAUCUGGGGGAGGAGGUGGACAGACACUGGUUUGAGGUCUUCACCCAGCAGUACGUCUUCCACCGGCUGCACAAAGAGAUCGAAGCCUUGAAACUCAUCACCAAGGAGGAGCUGAUCUCCUGGUUCAGAGAACAUCACUGUGACGCCAGCAGGAAGCUCAGCGUGCAUGUGGUGGGCUUUGGAGAAACUGAGGGCGACCUAGCACAGCCAGCCGGGUGUGGCCAUCACGCCGACGCCCCCUCCAUGUACGGCGAGGUUUCCCAGCUCACCUUCCUCCCUGCCACCUCGCCGCUGAAGGACACCACCACUAUGAUCAUGGAUAUCCGCGCAUUCACCUCCGCCCUGCCCCUGCACCCCUACCAUAAGAUCCUCCACUAGCUACGCCCUUUAACCACCAGCCACACCUCUCCACUCCUACAACAAUAUCCUCCAAUAGCCACACCCCUAACUACAAAAAAAAAUAUUAUUCAUGCCCCAACUGCAAGAUCCUCCACAACCCAGCCCCCUAAUGACAUGUUCAUCGAUAAGCCCUUCCCCAAGCCACAACCAUCAGCCUGAUUGCAAUAUCCUUUACUAAUCAUGCCCUCAAAUCACACCCACAACCUAUAGCUCUUCCUCAAGCCACACGCCCUAACCUCAAUCCUCUGCAGCCCCUCAUUUAAUUGGCAACUAGGCACUUGUUUCAAUAAUAAUAAAUCAAAAUCAGUAAUCACAAACUA